AUGCUCUUUCCCCUCCCCCUGCUAUCUUCCACUAUCGCCACUGCGCUCGCCAGCUGCGGCCGUUUCGUAGCCUCGUCCCUCUCUCCACCCCUUCAUUCCACAGACCACCUGCCCUCUCGUAUCGAGUGGUUGCACCCAUCUGCGUGCCCGCCGAUCAUGUUCGAGCUCAAGGACAUCUUCAAGCGCGUUCUCACCCCACCCGCGCCCAAGAUCGGCAGGAUCCCACUCCCCGACGUGGGGGACGACGACGACGAGCCCGUCUACACCUUCCAGCAACCCCAGGCAUGGUACUCGGAGAGCGAGUCCUCCACGUCCUCACCAAGUUCUCCCGUCGCGAUGCAUUUCAGAUCGUCCACCCCCCAGCGUGAAGACGACUGGAAGCCCACGCGCCGGGCCUCGACCCCGCGCACCGAUCCCGUGGUCCAUCGCGGGGCGGCGCCAACACCGCUCAAGCCAGUGGCACACCGUCCCACCCUCGCGCCGGCCAGGCCCGAGUCCAGGUCGGCGCACAGCAGGUCGUCGACGUCCCCCGCCUCAUCGCAGCGGGCCUCCGACCUGCGCCCCUCACCCUCACUCGCGCAUCCCAAGCCGCUCAAGGGCAUCCUGAAGCCUGCGCCGCCCCCCCAGCCCGUGCGCCUGCACAGCCUGCUCUGUCCGUACAAUGAGCGGGUGGCAGACAUGCGCAAGAUAUACUUCGACAUCUCGCAGCGCGUUGAACACAUCCGCGACCACGACCCCAAAUACCCCGCCCCGAUUGCCGUGCCCAAGGCCGAGCUUGACAGGCGUGUCUCCGAUUUCCCCAUCUCCAAGAUGAUGAUCCGCUUCCCGGACAGACCCCAGUGGGACUUUGUGGUGCACCCUGAGCCUAUACCCGAAGGCGGAAAGGGAAUACUCGUCAUGCAUGUAUUCCACGAGAUCUGGAAGACGUACAAGGAAUUUCUGACCGAGGAGGAGAAGGCGCAGUUCCUCUCCGGGCCGAACGGUGAGCGGAUACGGAAGUCCUUUGAGAUGCGGUGCAAGCGGGAGGGUCGCAACCGCGAGUUCGAGAUGGAGCAGGGUAUGCGCCGGGUGGAUACGCUGGCGGGGCGCACGAUCUUCAUGGGGCUCACGCGGCCGGACGAACUGAACAAGCCCGAUCACCACUGGGUGCUUCAGCUGGGUCUCCCAAAGCCUGUGACACGGUGA